AUGCUUGGAUCGCGUGCUGGGAGAGAGCACCGCGAAACCCUGGGUGGCGGCAAGGCUACAAAUGAACGUUUGAUUAACCCACAUCCCAAAGGCCCUCAUUCAAGCUUAGCGCUUAUCUACGACAUCAAGAUAAAAGCCCCAAGUAUCCUCUGUAUCCAUACCCAAUCCAUACCUGACAACAACAAUUUGACAACAAUCUCUUUCGACCUUCCAGGGGCGCAACACUCAAAAGCAAAGUGCUGGGCCACACCCCUCCAAUCCGUCACUGAUCUAACCUCUGGCUGCACAUUCGAUUUCGUCCAAAUGGUCUCGUCAUGCGACUCAGUCUCAUCCUGUGGCUCGGUCUCGUUACGGUUCUGUGACUCUCGCGCACAUAUGUCUGCUCGUCUCUCGGCCUCAGUGGGUUGCAUGUAUUUUCUACUAAAGAGUCUAGCUCAAGAAACCCAACGCGCCACCACCACGGAUUCAUCCACUCCGAUUUUUGACCGCGAUCCUCACGGUUGGGGUGCCCUCAUCAAUGCAAGUAAAUACUCACAUCUUCGAAUGCAAACGCUGACGUUUUACGCAUUCUAUGAGGAUAGAGACGAGAAACUCAAUUUGCUCGUCUUUCGGUUCUGCGACGUAUAA